GUUUUUAUAAUUUGCUUUCCCUUUUCAAUGAACUUACAAUCUCUGAAAAUAAGUAUAUUAGGUGAAUCUAGGAUAUUUAGAACACGGUGCACUACUGAAAGAAGGAAAAAAAUGUAUUAAGCGGAAUUUGGUCCCAAGUAAAUAACUCAACAUUUUUAACCAAGUGCACCAUUUAAUUUUACGAAGAGACCACAGGUUUACGUGCUCUAUAAUUAGCAUAUAAAUUAGACCCUGGACUUUUAGUUGUUGGUUUCCUUUUGGGUAUGUGUAAUAUGUUUGUUAAGUCAAUAAAAGUUGCUUUCUUUAUGCAGUUUUUCAUUUUAAAGCAUAAGAAACUAAUUAAGUUUGUCCCAAAAAUCUUACAAAAAUAGUGUUUUUGGAUGGUUCAGUUCCAGUGGAGUCAGAAAAAUUGUAGGUGAUUUCUUGGUAUAUGCUUAAGGCUGGCGGGUAGAGAUACUGGAUUUAUUUAGGGGUGGGAGGUAGCAGGUACAUGGUGUCAUAGUUGAGUUUAGUGCAAGUUGGCAUAGGGAAGGUUUUAACAUGUUCACUCAAUUAUUUUUCCACGUGUACUGCGACUUAGAACUCUUUGGAGCGUGGUGUUCAUGUAGCAUGCCAUGUUAUUCCAGGGGUAUUUUAAUAUGAAAUCAUGGUAGUUCAUGGGGUUCUGUGAGGGUUAGAUAAUUUUGGUUUGAAACUCGCAAAACGGUGAUAGUUUAAGGUAUUUUGAACCUAUUUACUUUUUUUCUUUACUGUUAUAGGAGUCUUUUAGCCUUCCCUUGUUUUCUUCUUCAGUAAAUUGAGGCUAAUUCUUUUCCACUCAGGCUAAUUCUUUUCCACUCACUGUGUGUGUAUGCAUUUCUAUUUCGUGUCAAACUUGGGGAGUGGAAAUUGGUGGUCUUCAAUUUCCUCUAUAUGUGUUUUUACUUUAGAACUUCUAAACUAUAAUUUCUAAAUAUUUUUUUUCACUUACAUUCUUCUUCAUAAUUGUUAAGGAAAUGAACAAAUGGUUUAGUAUAACCUAUUACUGUUUGAAUAGAAGAUUUGCUUUGUUUUAUAUUCAGAUACCUAACCUAUAAAAAUGAAGCUCUCUUAGAGGUUUGGUGUAAAGCUAACUUUUCUUUUAGUAGAACACAAUACCAAUUGACCUGACAUACUUCAUAUUUAGACAACUUUGUACUUUUAGCUUCUAACGUGUACUGUAAUAAAAUGUCUCUAUUUCUCUGUCAUGUUCCCGGUGAACCUCUUCUCGUUCUCAUUGUCAUCUUGCAUAAACUCGAAAUCAAGCAAAAAAUGAACAUCAAGGAUGAAUCAUUGUAAAUUAUCAUACAUUUAUGUGCCGGAUAACUUGUAAUAUUAUUUUUUAGAGCUAAUGGUAAAACACACACCUAAACUAUCACUUUUUCGUGAGUUUCACACCCUAACUAUUUGUUGUUCCCUUUUCCUACCUAAACUAUCACUAUCUAUGUAACUAAACACACCUCAAAGCUGGUUAAGCCAACUAUCAAUUGUUUCUUUUCCUGCUUGAACUAUCACCAUCUACACAACUAGUUGUGUUUUAAUACAUUUAUGGUAAUAGUUUAGGUCAAAGGUUAGAUGGUGAUCAUUCAUGUAGGAAAAGGGAACAACAAAUUGUUGGGAUGUGAAACUCCCGAAAAGGUGAUAGUUCUAGUGUGUUUUUGAUCAUUGUUUCUAUUCUAUACUUUUAUUUUUGUUUGGCAUGAUGAUGGCAUGAGAUGAGUUUAAAUGGAGAAAUAUGGUCAGGAGGAUUCAUAUACCCGAUCCCGACUUGUUUGGGAUUGAGGCACAAUAGUUGUUGUUAAUCCACCAAUGUAUUUAUGAAGUAUUGAUGAAAGGUGUUCAUGUGGUAAGAGUGCCAUUAAUGGAUGUCAAGAUAUAUUACAUGGAUUUAUUUAUUGGUACUUAUUGACACUGUCAUCAUACCAUAUGGGUAUUUAUGGUUAAGAUUAACAAGUUUAAUUCUUAUGUUAAUUUGGCAUUGUGAAUACCCGCUCUGUUCAGAUAGUUCGGAGAUUCCUUACUUCAUGUUAUUUUCUAGUUACUACAUGUUCUUGCUUCUUGGUGAUUGUUGUUAUAUGAUGCGUCCUAAGGCAAGAAAGCCUUGUCGAAGUCUACUUCCCGAUGCCCUUAGCUACCUUCCUGAUAAUAUAAUUGAUGUCAUUCUGAUGUGUUUGCCUUGUAAAGAUGCUGUGAGAACAAGUAUCUUAUCAAAGAAAUGGAGAUAUCACUGGUGUAGACUUACAAAGUUGGAGCUUGAUGAAUCUCUUUGGAAAACAAAGAAGGAUUUACUGAACCCUACAAUUAAAUUUACAAAGAUUAUGUACCAGCUUUUGACCCUUCAUGAAGGACCUAUUACUAAAUUUACCCUCGAUGUUGUUCAUCUAGCAAGCUGUCCCAAUAUUGACAACUUCAUAUAUUUUCUCUCGAGGAAUGACAUUCAACAUCUUGAACUUCACCUUCCACUUAGAAAGGAAUACAAAUUGCCUUCUUUACUUUUCACAUGUUCGCAGCUGAGGCAUCUAAGUCUUUGUUAUUGCUCAAUACAACAUCCAUCAGCCUUUCAAGGAUUUGAUAAGUUAAUUAGCCUGAACCUAUGGGAAGUCAAUAUUUCUUCUGAGUUGUUGGGAAGUUUAAUAGCUCAUUGCCCAUCGCUUGAGGAGUUGGAGCUGGAUAUCGCAGACAAGUCAGACACAAUUGAAAUUAAGGCCCCCAUGUUGAGAUUGUUUGAUCUCUCGGGCAAUAUAAGUUCUAUCUGCCUAAAGAAUGUCCCUCGUCUGGUAAAAGUAUUGCUGUAUGGUGACUAUAUUAAAGCUGAGGAUCUUGAUUUUGCAAAGGUUUUCGAGUCUUGUCCUUCUCUCGAGCACCUCCUCUUUUUCUCCCUUGAUUCCGCGUUCUCUGCUGGAGCAGGUUAUGAAGCACCGACAAGACUUCCGUUAAAUCUUAACAGCGUCAAGCGAUUUUACCUGCCUGACGUUAUGCUGGUGGAAUCAUAUAUGCUCUCAUAUGCUCUUUGCUUGAUAAGAAGUUUCCCAUAUUUAGAAAAUCUCGAAAUAGAGGUUCAUGUUCACUAUGAAUCUGAAGAUGACGAGGAUGAACCUAUUCCAGAACCCCUUGAGCUCAAACAUUUAUCGGACGUGACCUUUAAUCAUCUCAAGGAAGUUAAGCUAGGCUGCUUAUCAGGAACAGCGUCUGAGUUGCUGCUUAUCAAGUUUUUGUUAGCCGAGUCCCCAGUGUUGGAGAGAAUGCUAAUCGAUCGACGGUAUCUUGAUCAUCAACAUCUUGACACAAGAUUACAAAUAUUUGCGGAGAUAUCAAAUUUUUCGCGUGCAUCACCUAAAGCAGAAGUUGUCUACAUAGAUUUAAGCAGAGCUUUGGCUUAGAAGUUAAAAGACUGAAAAGAGAGAAACAAACGUUGAUGCAGUAAUAUAACGGUUCUUGGUGAAAAUCAUAAGGAAACAUUAUGAUUAUGAAAAGAAAAAUCCUUUCUGGUUUGCUUUAGCUUUUCCAGCAUUCGCCGCCCCUUCAAUAGCCUUUUGCGCGGAUCCUGCACCUGCGCUUCCAGACCUCAACGAGAUUCCAGUAGGCCUUUCUCCUGCGGAAAUAGCCCAAUUGCAUCGGGAGAGUUUACGCUCUUUCCUCCUCUUUCGAUAAGCUUUUCAUAGCCGUAGUCGUAUUCAAGUACCCUUGCAGGGGAAUCCACUUCUGAGAUGGAGGCAGAAAGUAUUGUCGAUGUUUACUUCCUGACGUCUUUAACUACCU